CUGUUGCCGUGGUUACCAUUUGUUUAGAGGAUCGGGGCGCUGUCCUAUGAGCAAACCAGGGAAUUUUGCUGCUGAGUGAUGGAAGACAGUGAUAAUGAUGAUGCAAAACUCAAAGAAGAGAUAGAAGCUGAAUUGGAUAAAAUCAGUAUUUCCUCCUUGGAACAAGAUGAGGUUGAGAGUGAGUCAAACUCAGAAACUCUAAGUGAAGGUAGUGAUGCAGAUUUAGAAGAAUUACCAGAGUCAGUUCUUCACUGCAUCAACAUUAUAAAGAACAAGAGUAAAACUGUUGAAGAACUCCUCCUUCAGGAUUUAGAAGACACCAAUGUUUUAAGCUAUAGUUAUGGAACAGUUUCUGAUAAUCAUAUGCAUUUAAGGAUAGGAUUAUCAACUGAAUAUAAAGAAAAUCAGGAACAACUAAUGAAGAUAUUAACUGAAAUAGAAAAAGAAGAAUUUAUGAGAAGUAAAUCCCAUUGUGAGAAUCCUGAUUUGGUUCCUGAGCCUGAUCUUUGUGAAUUGUCUAUGGAUGAACAUGCUUUACCAGAUGAUGCUGAUAUAAAUUUUGGAUAUUUUGAAGUUGAAGAAAGAUGUAGACAGUCUUUUGAAGCCUGGCAAGACAAACAGAAAGAACUAGAAGAUAAAGAUAAAGAAAUUCUCAAAGCUCAGAGGGAUAAAGAAGAAAAGCAAUUUCAAGAGGAAGAAGAAAAGAGACAUUGCUGGAUGAAACAAUUUGAGGUUGAAAAGAAAAAAUUAGAGAAUAUACAGAAGCAAGAACAAGACAAGAUGAAUGAGGAGCUCCAUGAAGAAGAGAAAAUGUGGAAAGAAAAAUUUAAACAGCAUGAGGAAUUUAUGAGAAAUUUGCAUGUACAAAUGGAAGAGGAAAGAACAAGGUUCAAGGAACUACAAAAAAAAGAAAAGAUGCGUUUGUUAGAACUGCAGCAUAAUGCAGCUGUAAAAAUUCAAGCUAAAUAUAAGGCAUUCAUAAUCUACCAAAAAUAUAGCCCCAUAAUUAGAGACCGAAUAGAAAGAAAACAAAGGAAAGCAAAAGAGUUGAAAGAAAAGGAAGCAAAUAUACGACAGAAAGAGGAAGAAAAUAGGAAAAAAUUAGAGGAAGAACAAAGGAUAGAAGAAGAAAUAAAAAAACAGAAGCAAGAGGAAAGGAAAAGGAGAGAAAAAGUAUAUGAAGAAAAAAAGAACAUCCUGAGACGAGAAAGAGAGGAAUUACAAAACAAGGAAAAAUUCAAAUUAAUAGAAGCUGCAAGCCAACAGCUUAUAAUAAGUACCACAUUAAAGAAGGGAGAACAUAAUGCCAAACAUAUAACUAUUGAAGAUAAGUCAAAGAAUAAGGGUGAGAUAGCCAAAGAAUUAGUGUAUGAAAAUUCAAAGAAGCAGGAAAAUGUUCCUCUUUGGGUAGUUAAGAAAUUAAAUAAGAGUGAAAAUAUAGGUAGUCAGUUUGUUUUGAAAGAACCAAUACAAGAACAAUUGAAAUCAAACCAAGCCAUUUUGGCAGAAUUAAAAAUAGAAGAAACAAAUGAAAGCCUAGCAAAAAAACAGUGUUCUCAAAAAAUGAUUAAGCAAGAAAUAAAAUAUGAAGAUAUGUACAAAAGAACUGAAUUAGAAAUCUUAGAUCUAAAAGAAAAUAUGAUUGAACAGUUUCAGCAAGAAUUAAAGACACAAACACAAAACCAGGAACGGGUGGAAUAUGCCAUAAAGGAAAAUGAGGGGGGAAAAAUCCAAAUAGUAGUAUUAGAAUGUAAUGAAGAAAUGAAUGAUGUGAAGAGCAAUGAAGCACAGAAAAUAAUAGAAUUUAAUGAACAGAAAAUGAUACAGAAAGUAGAAAAAGAAGAGAUAUCACAAGGGAAUGGAUUAUAUGAAGAGAAUACUUCCAUUAUUUCAAUAAAUCAAAAACUACUACCAUUAAAAUUAGAAAAUGCUGAAACUAUGGAGGAAUAUCCAAUACUACAAGAAAAAGAAAUUAACUUAAAAUCCAAAGAAGCUGAAGAAAACUCAAAAGGCAAUACUCUAAAUAGUGACAUUAUGUUCUUUAACAUCACUGAUGCCAUGGUAAAUAGAGAAGGCAAAAUAAAUAAGCAAGAUUACUUUUUGGAUAGACUUGCUCUUCAUGAAGAUUUUAGUGGCUGUAAUAAAAAAAUCUCCUGGAUUGCUAACAAAGAAAACUCUUUUAUAUCUGAGAUUAAUGAAAUUCCAGAGGAGUGCUAUGAAAAUAGGGCUGAAUGUGAACAGAUCACAACCUCUACACUAGAGUCAACACUUUUAUCUUCUAUUGAGGAGAAGAGACUAGCUUGGCUAAAAUCAUUUAAACCUUGGUUUGAAAUUUUCAGUCAAAAUCAACAGAAAAAAAUUGUUAAAAGAAAGAGACCUUUGAAAUGCCUAGCUAAUACGAUGCCUCCUCUGAGCACAUUAGAAAUUCUUCAGUAUGGCCAUUGGAAUACUUUACAGCAGGUUACAACCAUUACAUUCCAAGAUUUGCCAGGUUGUAGUCUCUCCACAUUGGCGGAGUGUACAAAUCUUCAAUUUCUAUCUCUUCGAUGCUGUGGAUUAACUUCUUUACACGGCCUGAAUAACUGCAAAAAACUUAAGUACAUUGAUGUACAGGAAAACUAUAUUGAGACUAUCAACUGUGAAAAUUUGGAAAAUCUCUGUGUUGUUCUUCUUAAUAAAAAUCAACUGAGUUCCUUUCAUGGUUUGGAUGGCUGCACUAAUAUUCAGAAUCUUGAACUUUCGCAUAAUAAAAUCACUCGAAUUGGUGGUUUAGAAUCUUUAAAAAAUCUUCAACAACUAAUUGUGGACCACAACCAGUUGAUUAGCACAAAAGGUCUGUGUGAAACCCCUACCAUUAUAUACCUGGAUUGCUCCUAUAAUCAUCUUACUGAUGUUGAAGGCCUUGAAAAUUGUGGAUUGCUCCAAAUAUUGAAGUUACAGGGAAAUAAUCUAACUGAGCUUCCAUCUUUGGAGAAUCAUGUUCUGCUAAGAGAAUUACACUUGGAUGAUAACAGCAUUUCAACUGUUGAAGGGUUUUCUUCAUAUUGGCUGCCUUUACUACAAAAUCUUACUAUCUCCCAAAACAGACAUUCUCUACUUGAAGUGUUACCUUCUCUAAAAAUCCUUAAUGGUGAUACGGUAAACUCUCAUUCAGAAAUCCACACUCAAGAACACUGUCAUCUAGAAUCAAGACAUUUGCUUGCAUUUUGUCAGUCCCAAAUUCGAGAAUUCAACUUACUAAGUGAAAAGUAUGUCAAUGGAAAUAGGGAUGUGUUCACCUUGGAUACUGCAGAAAAUUUCUGUUAUUAUUUUAAGAAGUUGAUGACACUUAGUAGUGAAUGCAGAUAUGCACAUGAACAUGGGGAUAUAAGUAUCACUAAGAGAGAUGAAUCAGAAACCCAGAAAAAUCAUUUGGCCAUUCCAAGCAGUGACUUCAUACUGCAAGAUGAAGUCUUCCACUCUAGCACCAACAAACAUAGAACAGACUCACCAGGAAUUUCUGAGCAGUGGAUGGACCCUUGCUUUAAUAAUUCCCCAAUAAGCUACUCCUCUGCAUAUGAAGUUGUGGAAGGAAGAAGUCAGGAAAAAUUAGCAGGCCUGAAGAAAGAAGAUGGUAAGACAAAAAGCAUCCCCACCAAAGGAAGUUCAUUCAUGGAAACAGAAAUGACAAAUUCUCUGCUGAGGAAUCACCAGCAUAUGGAACAGAGUGAAAAAAUCAGGGCAGCAGUAGUAAUCCAGGCACACUGGCGUGGUUACCUUGUGCGCACACAGAUCAAUUUCUCUACACGGAGGCAUACUGCUGCAGUAGAACCCCUGCCAAAUUCCUUCAUCAAUAUUCAGACUAUUUUGAAGAAAGAAAAAAGAAAAAAUACUAUGAAUAACCAAGAACAGAGGGAGAAGGCUGCUGUUCUUAUUCAGGCAGUUUGGAAAGGCUUUAUUUUGAGAAAGAAACUGACAACAGCUCUAAAAGCUAUCAAAAAUGAAGAAUCUGAAGAAGAAUAUGAAGAAAUAGAUUUAGAGGAUUUUACAUUUGAUGAAGCUGCCUUAGAGAAAGAAUGGCUAGAUUUAGAUUCCACCCGCUUCCCUUCACAAACACUGCUUCUCUCAAACCAGCUGCACUGGCCAAAGAUCUCUGGAACUUUGAAAUAUGAUGAUGCCUCACUUAAUUUACCAAGUCAUCCAGCUCAAGCAUGGCUAUGUAAUGACAAAGAAAAUUGUUUUUCAUCAGAACACACACACUUAAAUGGCAGAUCAGAAAAUGGAACUUUAUCCUGGACAUCUGAAUCUAAGACUAGUAGAAAGAGUUUACUAAGAUCUGAAAAAGAAGAAAAAAUUUCAGAAGAAUGGGGAUUUAAGGAUAUUUCUACUGCUCAACAAAUGCUGAAAAGGGCACAGAAAAUGAAAUCGAAGAAAUUAAAGAAAAAAUUAGAUCCCAGUGUGCGCCUAGCAUUAUUCAAAAACAAUGAAAAUAAAGUUUCUGUUAUAAACUCACCAAAGCAGACACCGUCUAAAAGAGAUGGCUACUUUGAAGGUAAGGAAGAAGACUUUAUCUACAAGGAUACUACUGCAAAUGAAAAAUUAGAAAGGAGUAAAGAAUAUACAUACCAGUGGCUUCAUACACAGGUUGGGGUUCAUGCAGCUAGUUCCAGAAAUAUGAAAUGCAAUCACUUCUUGCCUGAGUUAGAUCCAGAUGUACUUAAUGGUGGAAGAGUCCAACUCGUGGCAAGACUUGUAAGCAGAGAAGACACGGAUUUAGACCUUUUUUCCAUGACCAGUGGAAGUGCUUUGUCUGUGAACAGAGAAAAAAAAAAUCAGGCACACAGAUACUCAGCGGGAUCUUCAAGUUGUUCAAUUAAGGGAAUAGUUGCACCCAUAAUAACAAAUUCAAGACCUUCUAAAAAAGAACGCAUAUCAUUCCGUGACAAUCCAGUGCGACUCAGUGGUGGAUGGGGAAGUGGCAGAAAGAAGGAGAAAACUUCCAACUAAUCCUUCAAGCUUCAGCAUUCAAAACAUAUGGCAAAUGGUUUAUUUAAAAGAAGUCUGUGGAUAUCUGGUCAUGUUACCAAUUGGAUACAAAGUUUUAGAGUACUGUGUUUAAUUUGUUUUAUUAUACAUAUUUUACGAUUUUGUUUUCUGGUGUAGUUAUCUUCUUUCCCAUCUAUAAAAUACAGUAUGCAGUUCUUCCUGUGUGCAUGAAGAAUGGCCUCCAGAAAACUAAUUCUUGAAAUAUCACAAUAGAAUUUAUAUAUUCAGUUUUUUUAGUUUACAUUUUUAUGCUACAUAUAUUCAAGAUGAUUUUUUGUUACCAAUAAUACAUUUUAAUACCAUGUGCAUAUAAAAAUAUAACUAUCUUUUAUUAUAAUUGUUUAAUGCAGUAUUAAUGAAUAAUGAAUAUGUUAAUAAAUUGAAUCCAAGAGAUUAUUAU